UGUGCAGCGCCAGCCUGCUCUCUGCUCUCUCAGGCUUCUGGUGCCUACAGGCAGCACACGCUCUCAGGGACAAAAGCCAAGAUGGAUAUUCAGACAUGGUAUUUGAAAACUUCAAAGCUGGCGCUGGCUUUGGCGAUUAUCCACUCAAAACCAGCAGACAGAAGCAGCAGAGAAUAUACAGAGCACCUUGCCACCUUGGUGACCCAGCAGGAGUCCAAAUGUAAAUCAAAAGUUGAAGCUUUAGAAGCUGAAGUUCUGCUAUUACGUCAAAAACUGUUCCUGAGUAGGAUUUCUUCAGGAUUGCUUAAGAAUGCUGUCCUGCAGCAUGAGCCACAGGUUGCAUGUGAGUAUGUGGGCAUCGCUGUCCAUCGUUCACAGUUCCAGGUGCAGCAUUAUGUCUCUCAGAGUCUCGUGACCCUAGGAAGUUGCAGCUUGUUGAGGAAGUCUAUUAUAUUGCUACUACUCUCUGAAGUGAACAGCUUUGUGGAUGACCUGGGAGCCAUCAAUCAGGUUCAAGGCAAUUAUGAUGUGACACGCUAUGAAAAUAUUUUCUCUCUGUUCUGGAUUCUGGAGCAACUUCUUCAACAAGAAACCCAGGGAGAUCCCACUUUACACAUUGAUCACAGCAGCCCAGAAAUCCAGACAUUUCUUCAGAAGCAUGAUGAAACCAUCUUCCAACUUUCAGAUGCGUUUCCUUUAUUUACUUUUUACUUAUGGAGACUGGGCAUUCUCUUGAACUCAGAAGAGAUGGAGACUGUUGAGAAUGAGUCAUUUCCUUAGCAGUCUACCAUAUAUCAGAAAAUGGUGUGCUUAAAUUUUUUCAAAGAUGUUUUUAAAUGAGUAAUUUAAACUGAUUGACCAACCUAAUUAUUAACUAAAUUUAGUGAUAAGUCUUUUGCAGAGGAGAAGAUGAAUCGCUGUUCUAUAUUACAAUCAGGCAAUUUCAGUUAACAAUGCCCCUCAUACUCAUGCAUUGUAUUUUACUUCACUCAAUAGUCUAGCUCUGUUCUCUAAAAUGAACCAACAAUUGUCUAUUUUGUAAUAUGUAGUAAAUUGUGAAAAUUCCCAUCUGAUAUAAAUGUACAAAUUAUAAAGAAAUACAGAUUAAACUUCUGUCAUUUAACACAUUUAAAUACAAGAUUUAAGUAAAUGAUAAAAAAUAAAAAUUUAUUCUGCAGUUGUACUCAUGUCAUUUUCCUCUUGAAGAAUAGUUCUACAAAAGGAGAAAAGGCUUUGGAAACAAAUGGUUUUUAAUUUCACAUAAUCAACAUAUUUGUUAAGUAUUUUUGAAGUAUUAAUUAGUUCUUUAAAAUGUCUGUUUUUAAAACAAAUUUUCUGUUGAUUAAAAACAUUAUUGCCCCUAUGAUUGUUAAAAUGUUGUAAAGUUGCAUAUUAUUAAGUCAUUAGGGAUGCUUUUAUAAAUUUUAAUAUCCUCCAAGAAAUACACUUUAUACUUAU